AUGGAGGAGGAGGAGGAGGAGGAGGAGGACGCUGACAGGGCGGACCGCUUGAAGUUAGGUCCGAUUCUGCACCAGCCAGUCCGUGCCCGUGAGGUGUUGCUGUCCAACUGGGCGGCCGGGGAAGAUGUUCGCCUGGGCAUCCAGCAGCUUCACGAGAUGCUCAGGAACAGGCCGCAGCCGAGGUUCACCUACCAGCCGCCUGUGAGCCUGGACAAGAGGCUGUAUGCCAAAUCCUUUGGCUGUGUGACCCUGGCUCCCUUUGUGGCGAUCCAGAAAGCCUACCGUGACAGAGAGAAAGCGAUGAGGCAGCGACUCUGUGCGGACCAGACCCACAAACUGAAGGCAGCUGAAGAACAAGCCAGGAGCCACCUCCACGGCCAGGCGAUCAGGAGAGGCUUGGAUCCUCUGCGUAAGUACAAAGAGGACAAGGCGCAGGGCAAGCAGGUCCUGCAGCGACGUGAGGCAGAGCACGCGGAGUCGCUGAGGCUCAUCCGGCAGAACAACAUCUUGUUCCUCGAGGAGAAGAACCAGCGAGCAUUGGAGCAGCAGUCCACCAGGGACUUCAAUUCCCACUACACAAUGAUGUCAGAAACCUUGCUGAAGAAACAGAUCCGGGAAAAGAACGAAAACAUCCGUCAACGGAAUCUUGACUUGGCCAGGAACAUCAAGAUGCAAGCAAGCCAGCUGAAGAGAGAGAGAAACGACUUCAUGGUGUUCAGGCAGCUGGCCAUGCAAGCAGAGAACAACGCCACAAACACAGCCACCAGCAUCAUUCUCUCCCAAGCAACGAAAGACAGAUUGCUGCGUGCCAGAGCCAGGGUGGCAGCUCAGAAGGGAAGAGAGUUCAUGGCAGAAGCCCCUGAGGUGGCCAUAGCUAAAGAGAGCACUUUGCACCCUCUGAGAUUGCCAGGGAAUCCCCUCCAGCCUACGCCCACCCAUUCUGAGGCAUCUGCUUCGAAGCCUGAGGUCCAGCGACUGCCGACCACUGUACAGUAAACAGGGGCAGGUUGCAGAAGGCUGCUCCAAGUAUUUUAGUAUAUUUUAGCCCUCAGAUGUCACUAUAUGUAAAACAUUUGCAAUUACUUAAGACAUCCUGGAUUCAAACCCAGAAUUUGAAUGUGUAUGAAUGUUACUGAGGGGUGCUGAAAUAGGAAAGAGGGAAACUAUUUCUUAGACUGUUAGAGCUCAGAAACAGGCCUUUUGGCCCAU